AUGGCAACUACUGAUGACUCGACAAUAGUGGGGUCAAAGAAUGAUAAACCCUUCCUUCCUUUCCUUGUUGUUGUUCUUCUUCUUCUUCUGGGAAUAACUUGUUCUUGCUCCAAUGGUUCACUUGUAAAAGUCAAUAAAGGUUUAAAGGUUAGGCGGGGUCAGUCCGCCUACCUCCAGGAAGGUGACCUGCAGUUCACGAUCCCGCUUCACAAGGAUGCCUGCAAGGUGGAGGUGGUUUUAAACGAGCCCAUCACUCAACGAGUGGGCAGAUUCCUGCCUCAGGUAUUCAACUGCCAGUAUCGAGAUAAUGAGGUCAAGUACGUCCAUAAUGGCUGUCCGCUGUUAACAGAGGACACAGUCAAACUUCGACUGUACAGGUUUACCGACACUGACACACACAUGGAGGUGUUUUCUCUCCAUGUUGACAUCGUGGAACCUGAAUGCAGCAUCAUCAAGCUUGGGCCCAAAAUUUUAGAAGUUUCUGCUUAUGGAAUAUCGGAUGAUCUGGAUGGCAAAGUGGUGUCUUUCCACUAUGAGAGGAGGGCCAACUUAGAGUGUAGUGUCUAUGUUAAUACGCAUGACACUCAUCUGCCGGCUCAUGGACAACUUAUAAAUGCAACACAGAAGGUUGCAGAGCGAAGGGACAAACCGAGGAGCUCCAGCCACGUAAAUCUGCAACGGGGUAAUAAACGUUUAAAAAGUGAGUUGGGCGGGAACAUGAAGAUUGUGGAGUUCCUCAAAAUUCCUUGUGAUGACUUCCUGGUGAUGGGGCUGAAAUAUCGGCACAUGGAUCCUCCGUCUCCUGAUGUUGAUUAUGUCACCAUCAGGCUUGAAAUCAAGGACAUGAGGAGCAGCAGCGUAUAUAAGUCUGAACAGAUCUGGAUUCCAAUUCGGAUAAACGGCACCUUAGCUAACCGGCCUCCCGAAGCAUCAUUCAUGCCGACGUUCAUCCUGGAGGUGGACCAGUUCGUUUUCACACCACUAUCCACCAGGACGUUGGACGCCGACGACGAUGAAACACCGAAGGAGCACUUGAUUUUUAACAUCACCGAGCUUUCGCCAACGAGCGGCUUCAUCGCUCACCUGUCGGAUCACACUCGUCCCAUCUACUCAUUCACGUGGUUAGACCUGAAUGACAUGCUGAUCGGAUAUCAGCCCCCGAACUCCUCUCAUACCCAGCGCAGAAACUACGAGAUGGAAAUCGAGGUUCACGAUUUUUACUUCAAGAAGAGCCCACCGAUGACAGUUCACAUGUCCGUGCGGACAGCCGACACCAGUGCGCCCAGAGUUUCUUGGAACAUGGGUAUCAGCCUAUUGGAGGGUCAGUCUCGCCCGAUAACGUGGAAGCAGCUGCAGAUUGUGGACAAUGACAACUUAGACGCCGUUCGUAUCGUUGCGGUGGACGGCCUUCUGCAUGGGAAGCUGACUGUUGGAGGCAGAAAGGGCUUCAUGUUUACCGUCAGCGACAUUAAAGCCGGCUUUGUUUGCUAUCACCACGACGACAGCGACUCCACCAGCGAUUUCAUCGUGUUCCGCAUCACCGACGGACGUCACCACAGCCGCCACAAGUUCCCUGUUAAGAUUCUCCCGAAGGACGACAGCCCCCCGUUCCUCGUGGCCAACGUCCUGCUGGACGUGUUGGAGGGUCAGACCACCCUGCUAAAAGGCUCCUCUCUUCAAGCAUCUGAUAUGGAUUCCAGUAAUGACUACAUUCUUUUUAAUAUAACCACUCCCCCACGGGCGGGGGAGAUUGUGAAGAUUCCAGGACCGGGGCUAACAGGUUACCCUGUCAGCAAAUUCCUCCAGAGGGACCUGUCCCAGUCUAUGAUUUAUUACCAACACACAAGAAAUGAGAUGUUGGAAGACUCGUUUGAAGUGGUUCUGUCCGAUUUCCACGAUCCCCCAAACUUGUCAGAACCUCAGAUGGUCAUGCUAGACAUUGAGAGCAUACCUCACCAGCCACCCAAAGAGGUUCCCGGUGCCAAGAGGUGUCUUGUAGUCAACGAGACAGACGUGGUUCUUUUGACACAGCAACAUCUUCACUUUGUAGACAUGGGGCCGCCACCAGAUAGUGAUAUCAUAUACACUGUUACAACUCCGCCUUUCUUUGUUGACGGCCAAAGCAGUGUUGAUGCGGGGAGGUUGUUCCUCGUGGACAGCAUACCCAAAUUCACCAAAGAUGCCAAUGCACCAGUGUUGAAGCUCUUCACACAGCAUGCCAUCAACUUCAUGAAGGUAGCCUACAUGUCUCCUAUCAGCGAUAUCGGCCCCUUUCCUCGCCACGUCCAGUUUGUUCUCUCGGUAACCAACCAACACGGCAAAAAACUGGAUGGGAUCUGCUUUAAUGUCACUCUGAUACCAGUGGACAACCAACUACCGCAGGUCAUCACCAACUCUGUAGUAGUAGAUGAAGGUGGGAGUAGCCUGCUAGGCCCGGAACACCUCAUGGUGUCGGAUGUGGACUCCAUUAAAGAUUCCUUGCGGUUGGAACUACUGAGGGAGCCAAAGCACGGAGCACUGCAGCUGAAUGGCUUGCCUCUAAAACCGGGAGAAAAUUUUAGACUGCAUGACCUGACAAGCCGUAUAGUUAGGUACCACCACGACAAUUCCGAAACUGCAGAGGACAACAUUGAAUUUGCAGUCACUGAUGGGACCAAUAAGAUCAGUUUUACUCUACAAGUAAAUGUAAUGCCUAUCAAUGACGAGGUACCUGUUUUGGUUCUUGGCUUGAAACCAGUACUCAACUGCGACGAAGGACACACAGUUGUCAUUACGGCUGAAUACAUCUGUGCUACCGACACGGACAGCGACAACAACAGCCUUGCAUUCCUGAUAGCCCGGCAGCCCUCUCAGGGGUUGGUGCUGAGGAACGGUGUUGUCGUUGAUUACUUUGUUCAGGCGGAUAUCAUCGCAGGUUUUAUUAGCUACAAACACACAGGUCAGGAAAUCGGACUCACUCCUCACCAUGACACUAUCACCUUUGUGAUUUCUGAUGAACAAACAAAAAAAUCAUCUGCAUGCUGUGGUGGAAGAGCAGAAAAGGCACUUCCUGUGUAUGACCUCCACGUCACCAUUUUUCCAGUCAAUAGUCAGCCACCCUUGCUUAAAACAGGAGACCUCUUUGUGGUAGACGAAGGUGGGGCCGCUCAAAUAACGACAAGUCAUUUGAAGGUGUCCGAUGAAGACACAGUAUUGGAUGAGCUGGUGAUAACUUUGAUGACAUCGCCUCAGUUUGGCUACCUUGAGAAUGUCCUGCCGAGACCUGGUUUUGAGAAAAGCAACAUGGGUGUAAGCAUAGAUUCAUUUUCUUACAGUGACAUAAUUGACGGUAAAGUGAACUACGUGCAGUCCUGGCACCAAAAGACGGAGCCAACAACUGACCAGUUUGUCCUGUGUGUAUCAGACGGAAAAUUCAGUUCGGGCCAUUUAACAUUCAACAUUGUCGUCAAACCGACAAAUGACGAAAUUCCGGAGUUUGUGGCUAAAAAUAUUACGGUACAAGAAGGAGGCAUGAAGCAUCUGGACUUGUCUGUGUUCCAUGUGGUAGAUAUGGAUGUCCCCGAGAAUGUUCUACUUUUCCGCGUUGUUAAACAUCCGCACUAUGGCAGUAUCAACAGGCACCAGGGCGCUGGUUUUGAAUCUGAUGUAGUUGACUUCACGAUGAUGGAUCUGACAAAUGGUAAAUCCCUGAUGUAUGCACAUGACAACUCUGAAAGCCAAGACGACAGCUUUACCGUCCAGUUAACUGACGGCAGGUACCAAAUCGAAAGACAGGUGAUGGUUAAAGUGUUGCCAGUCAACGACGAAAAACCUCAUUUAAUAAGAAACAUCGGACUGGAGGUGGAACCAGGAGAGGCCAGACUCAUAACCAGUGUAACACUCUUUGCACAGGACUAUGACACCCCGUCUUCACAGGUCCUGUACGAAUUGACAAGUGUUCCUACGAAAGGAGUAUUACAGAUUAUGCAUGCUGGGGACUGGGUUACGCUGAUAGCUGGAGGAAAUUGUACCCAGGAAAUGGUGGACAUGAACCGUCUGCGCUACGUGCACCAAGACCUGUUUGGUAACACGAUGCUGGACUUCUUUGUUUUCUGCUUAAACGACGGAAGGAAUCAAUCUCCCUUACAGCGGUUCAACAUAUCCAUCCUACAUGUGGAAAAAGGAGAUAUCGCUGUCUUUGUAAGACCUGUGAAUGUCAGCCGUGGUGAUCGCGUGGUUCUCACUACAGACACGCUGGUUGCCACAGACGGUACGGACAAGUCCGAGGAGCUUGUGUUCAUUGUUACCGCUCCACCUGCUCAUGGAUAUUUGGAGAACAUCAAGCGUCCUGGAGUGGCCAUCUCCAACUUCAGCCAGAUGGAUGUAGCAGCAAAUUUGUUGGCUUAUGUGCAUGACAAGAGUGCUAGCACUUCAAAAGAAAUCAUACAGUUUGUCGUAAGCAACAAAGAGACAAGCCGAAAGGGAGUCUUAGAGGUUGCAGUGACAACAGCGGAUUGUAUCCCACCUUCAUUAUCCAACAAGGGCCUUAUCAUCCCUCGUGGAUUCUCCAUGAUCUUAAGUCCCGACCACCUCGCCAUGUCCGACCUCGGCACCUCUCCUGGUGCCCUGACCUUCCGAGUUCUGCAUCCUCCCCAGCAUGGUAUCCUGGUUUUGCAUGACAUCCCGCUGACUGCCGGUUCCAAUUUCACCCAGCGAGAUGUCGAGGAGUUGGAGGUGACGUACAAACACAACGGUGAGGCGUCCGAGCUCGACGGGUUUGAGUUUAUCGCCACGGACGGUGCCAAUUGUGGUGUCCUGCUGGACGGGCAAUUAAAAACAGAACCUUUGGCAUUCACCAUUCAGAUCAAAUCUGUAGAUACAUCACAUCCAGAAGUUAUGACAUUGCUUCCUCUUUGGAAGACAGAGCUUUUACCGGAUGGACGAUAUGGGAUCUUUUUGUCAUUGUGCAAGCUAAAAACUAAAGCCAGCAAAGAAGAGCAACUAAUAUUCUCCAUCAUUCGGCAGCCAUAUUUUGGUUACCUGGAAAAUAUGACAACAGGUGGGUUUGCUCGACGACGCAUCUCUCAAAAGGAACUGAAAAUGAGAACUGUCGUCUAUAUCAUCGAUCCAAAGAUGGAGUCUUUGACAGACACCUUGGAGUUCAAGGUGUCCGAUCCUCAAGGGAACACUGGACCUUCUCACAUUCUACAACUGAGCUGGUCCAGUGUAGCGCUAUCGCAAUCUGAAUACUCAGUGUGCGAGGAUGACAAAACAGUCUCGGUUGAGAUCAUUCGAAAAGGAUAUAUAGCGGAGUCAUCAUAUAUCACCGUCAAGGUGAAGGAGGUGACUGCAAUGAUUGGAAAAGAUUUUCUCUUAAGUGCUUCUUCUCUAGUCCAGUUUGAUCCAGGGGUCUUUACGAAGAUAUGGAAAAUCGAACUCCUUCAGGAUCAACUUGAAGAGGCAGGUGAAACAUUUGAAGUUGUUCUGGUUCAGCCAGAAGGCACAAUUAUUGGCACCAUCCAGAAAGCACAAGUUACCAUUAACGACUCAGGAAGAGGGCGGUGUGAAGACAACCAUGAGGGUGUCAGUGGAAAAGCCAUUCAAGGGCCUAGAUAUUCUCAGUAUUCAUCCCUUGGUGCAGAAUCGGUCAUCAAUACCCGUGAAAAUGGUAAAAUACAAGUAGACGAUGAUGCCUCACUGACAAAGAAAUGGAAAAAGGCUAACAUCCGUGUUGUUAGCAGACCUCGAAAAACACCCACCAACCAUGGAAAAAGUGGACUUGUCAAUGGACACGCUACAAGUGAAAACUUCAUAACCAAGCCAUGUUUGCCAAAACUGAUGGGAGUCCUGUAUUUCAACCAGACGACCAAACAGAUCUUUCAGUGCAGUGGUGUCACCUGGACUUCUUGGGCACCAACAGACCAGGACAGAAAAACUCAUUUAUGUGCUCGGGGAUGGACGUUCCACAACGGCCACUGCUAUGUCCUGGUCAGAAAGCAUAAAACCUCGUGGAGCACAGCUAAUCGCAACUGUAAAGAGAGAUAUAAAGGCACCCUUGUGAGUGUUUUAUCAAAACGUGACAUGGACUGGUUAUGGGACUUCGGCGGACGGAGACCAUUUUGGAUUGGACUUAACAACAGAGAUGGCAAAGGAUCAUGGGAGUGGCUAGACGGAGCAACGCUAAAAUAUACAAACUGGAUGACAAGGGCACCUCCCGUAAGAAGUGGCCAAAAGUGUGUCCUGGUGUGGAGACGGGCUAAAUGGCAAAUACGGGACUGCAAGACCAAAAGUGGUCACAACUUUAUAUGUUCGGUUAAGAUCUGACUCCCACAGCAUUUAUGAAGACCCCCAAAAAUGUUACCUGCUGCCCAUUUUUGGACCCCAACUUCCACAAACAUAAAAAUUGCUACGCUGUGUUUUGACCCAAAUUUUACCAAAAUGGUGGC